AUCAUAUAUAUAUAUAUAUUAAAAUAUGUAUAUUAUAUCGAUCUGAUUCGUCUAUAAAUAUUCGGACAUUUGAUGCAGAGGAUAUACAUUGCCCCUUUUGUAUUCAGAAACAUGAAGUCUUCUUUGUUCUUCUUUCUGCCAUUUUUGUGCCUUGCCCUGGUCGAUGCAAGAAAAGCUCCGGGCGAGUACCGGCAUAACGUCGCGAAGGAUGAGCCCGUGCCCCUUAUCGGGAAAUCAUCUCAUCAUCAUAUCCACGGCGACUUCCACCACCGCGCCUUGCCGGAUAGUCUCAAAUCAGAAGAGGGCUGCGGGACAAAUUUUGAGCCGAGGCCUAAUGUGUCUGCUUAUGGCGAAAAUGUUGAACCUGAAGAAAAAAAGAAGUCGCAAGUGAAAAGUGACUUUGAGCCGAGGCCUAAUGUGUCUUCGUAUGGUGAAGAUGUGGAGAUUAAAAAAGAGAAGUCGCAAGUGAAAAGUGACUUCGAGCCGAGGCCUAAUGUAUCUGCGUAUGGAGAAGAUGUGGAGAUUAAAAAAGAUGAGAAGUCGCAAGUGAAAGGUGAUUUCGAGCCGAGGCCUAAUGUAUCUGCGUAUGGAGAAGAUGCGGAGAUUAAAAAAGAAGAAAAAUCGCAAAUGAAAGGUGACUUCGAGCCGAGGCCUAAUGUAUCUGCGUAUGGAGAAGAUGUGGAGAUUAAAAAAGAGGAAAAGUCGCAAGUGAAUGGUGAUUUCGAGCCGAGGCCUAAUGUGUCUGCGUAUGGCGACGAUGUAGAGUCUGAAAAAAAGGAGAAGUCGCAAGUGAAAAGCGACUUUGAGCCGAGGCCUAAUGUGUCUGCGUAUGGCGAAGAUGUGGAUACUAAAAAAGAGGAGAAGUCGCAAGUUAAAGGCGACUUCGAGCCGAGGCCUAAUGUAUCUGUUUAUGAUGAGUAGGGAGGGACGUUGAGGUACAGAUCGAAGAGGUUGCACUAAUAUGAAUGUUUCCAUUAAUGCAUUAUUGUCUGUGUCGUGUAUUGUCUUAAUUUGAAGAUGUGUUUGUGUUACAUAUCCAAUAAUUGUUAGUGAACAUGGAAAUGGUUGCAUUUCCAAUUUCCAUGCAUGGCUCAUGUAUUAAUAAAUUUGUACUUUGGAAGUUAGCCAGGUUGGGAUGUUAUGUAAUGUUAGAUGAUAUACAUUUCCUUCUCGAGGGUUUGUUUA